CAAGGCUACAGGUUAUAGCGCGUGUGCAUAUGACCAAACAGUUCUCGUCUUCUUUCUCACCGAACAAAUGACGGUACAGAUAGCGUUCAGCUUCAUGCAGCCCGAAUGAAGAGCCCUGUAUUGGUUAUAGCCUUUGUGCUUGUACUUGCUGGUGGUGCUAGAGGCGGUAAAGUUCUCGAACAAGCACUCAACAUCCUCAUUCGGUUUCAAAACAAGGCUGUGUUGAAUAUCAUCAAGGAUAGUAAAGCACAUGAAACCCACAGGCAACCCAUAAACAGCAAGCAAGAUAACGCCCCUGUGUACAUGGCAUUACAAGAUGACGUAACUAAGAGAGAACUCGACUUGAACAGCAAAGUCUUUAGAACAGCCAUAUAUUCAAUCCCUGUUGAUGAUUUCAUGACGCAAGCAAUGUUUGCAAUCCUCGGUGAAGGGGGCAUUCUUAACCAAGGCGGCUUUUACAUGGAUGGCGAGAUUCGCAAGGAUGGAAAAGCGGGGCUUACACUAGCGAAGAGCUUCAACAACCGUACGGAAUUUAUAGAUGAGCUUGAAAAGGCGCGGAACGCCCCCCUUCAGGAGACGCCCAUAUCUGUCGUCACCAACCUUCUCAUCGCCCCGGCCGACCUCAACGACAUGAUCGAGUGGCAGAGGGCCAAGAUCGCGCAAGGGGUCACCACGCAGGACGAUUUGUGUGCCCCUAAGCUCAUUAUCAUGUACUACUGCUGCACCAAAACCGCUGACCCUUAUCUGGGCCCGCUGUUUAGCACACUAAAAGCUGGUUGCGACUGAUGGGCACGAGGGAGAGCUUGGGUAUAAGAUAUUAGUAUGACGGUGGGAUCAUAGUUUUCGAGGUUUGUUUUCCUCGUGUGUUUUCGUUUUGAAAAUUGUCCUUUUUUUUGAGGGGAGAUGUAAAAGAUGUGGGUAAAUUUUUUCAAUUAGUUUUAACAUUCUACGCAAUAUUUGGAUUUGGGAUUUUUUUAUGUUUUAAAAUGUUUUGCUUUGUCCUGACUUCCGCCGACAUGGAGCUCCCCCUGAUGCAAUCAUGCCAGUACACAUUUGGUCGGAAUGUAAACAAUUUGAAAAAAAACUUAAUUAUCUUAGUUAGAGCAAUAAAGUAUUCCUUCAAUUUCA